AUGGCCUCCAAACUCAAGCUUGACGUGCAGAGCUUUCCCCGCCCACCUGCCCUGCAAAAGAUAUCCCGCGACAUCCGCAUCACGUUUCGAGGCGACGUGAUUGCGCAGACCCAAGACGCUUACUGGGUGCUGGAGACGCACCACCCGCCGACGUAUUAUUUGCCGCGGGCCUCGGUCAGUCUUGCCCUGACUCCGACUGGGCGAAGGACCGGCUGCGAGUGGAAGGGCACCGCGACGUACUACGAGGCCAAGCUCGGCGACGGCACGGCGGUAACGAACAGGAUAUGGUCGUACGAGGCCCCGACGCCGGCCUUUGAGCCGAUCCGUGGCUACCUGUCUUUCUACGCCGGCCCUCCCUGGGAUUGCUUCGUCGACGGCGAAAGAGUCGAGCCGCAGCCAGGCGACUUUUACGGCGGCUGGGUCACGUCCGACAUCGAAGGCAUUGUCAAAGGCCGCACCGGGAACCUCGACCCGGUAGUCUAA